AUGCAGAGCCUUGCAAGGUCUGCCAAUCCAACCUAUCGCACGGUGUGCAACGGCGACGGUCAUGCAGAGUCGGUGCAGAUAGAGUAUGACCCCGACAUCAUCUCCUACCAGGAGUUACUUGAUGCCUUCUGGCGGAAUCAUAAGCCCAAGCCAAGCGAGAAGGGUCAGUACCGAUCCAGCAUCUGGUACCACAGCGAGGAACAACGGCUGCUGGCCCAAGCGUCCGUCGCCAGGGGCCGUGGACGUGGCACAUCACUGGUGCAGGCGUCCGCGUUUCAUGCAGCAGAGGCACAUCAUCAGAAGGCGGGCGUUGCCAAAGAUGCGCCUCGUCUGGACAUUCGGGAGAGCGCUUCCCGUUGCGACGCUCGGCAGAAAUUCAUCUCCGUGUUGCAUGGUUGCCACCUCAGGGCAUGCACACAAACAAGGGGGGCUAUCACUUCGUGCAAGGCUCCACCUGGAUAA